CUGUAGAGUCAAAUUAAAAUUCUUUUCACACAGUUCUCGCACACAUUUGAUGGAACUGUUUACGACGUGAAGUUUGUUCGAAAAAAAAAAAUGACACCGUUCACCAUGCUCGUGGUUGCACUGGAAAUCGUUUCUGUGAAAGCCGGAUCUUGUGGAUCUUCGAGUGGCAGUGAAAAAAAGAAAAACAUCCAUACAACGGAUAUAAUAAUUGAAAAUAACUUACCAUGCGCGAUUUUUGAUACAAAUGCAACGAUUCGUCCGAUUAAACUAAUGAUAGACACUGGAUCAACAAUGACCAUAGUUGCAUCAGAUGUACUAAAAAAGGGAGUCAUUAAUACAAGGGAUCGUACCUCAUAUGGCGGAUUGGGCACAUCGACCGGAAUAAAUACACUCGGAGUUGCAUGGGUGGCUCUACCGUUCACAGGUGAAGUCAAUGUUACAAUUGACGCAAGAAUGAAUCUAGUCGAUCGGAAAUUUACACAUGAGUGGGACGGCAUUUUGGGAGCUGAUGUCAUGCUUCACUAUCGAUUAGUAUUGGAUAUUCCCACCCAAAAAUUGAUUUACAACACAAAGAAUAAUAGCAAUUUAUUAAAUGCUUUAUGUAAAUAAUAAAUGCUGUACGAAUCCACUCAUGAAACCUUUAACGAAUAAAAUGAAUAUUUUUGCCAAUUCUGAA